AUGAGCAAACUGAUAUCCACUCAACCUCGCUCAUCCUCCACUUCAUGCUACAUCCCAAGAACACUGUCCUCUUGCACUCAGGCUUUCAUCAGGCGCGAUGCCAUUCGUCGACCACUUCACCCAAACUACGAUGGACUAUUCAGGAUGCUCAGACGAGAAGAAGGGGUUUUCAUCGUCGAACGAAAUGGAAACGAAGACGCCGUAUUUAUUGACCGCAUGAAAUCAGCAUUACUCGACGCGGAAAUGCCGCCUAGCCACAAACCCGAGGUGCAGCCAACUCCCAUCUCUUCUGACAAUAAAGAAACGAAUACCACUACACGCUAUAGUAGACGCGUUCAUUGGCCUGACCGUUAG